GAAGAAGAAAUGCUGAUGAAAUUUAACUGAAACAAAUUUCCAAAAACCUUGAUCUUAUUAUUCAAUCAUUUUCGUAAUAUAAUUUUUUGUUCACUCUUCACUCUUUUUUUUUUGUGGUCCAAAUUAAUUUACAAUCAUGGCUUCCAAACAGAUGAUCAUCAUUUUGAUGUUUAUUACGUUGAUAUUUUUCAAUGUUUCCAAUGCUGUUAAUAAUAAUGGUGAAACAUCCACUAUUUCAUCAUCAUCGACAACAACAACAACAGCAAGAAAUGAUGAACAACAAAAUGAUCAGAUAGCCAGUCCAUCAGAUCAAGUAGAUGAAACAAGUACUGAUAAAAGCAGCUCAUCAUCAUCGUCUUCGGCAACUAAACCACAACAACGAACUGGAUCGGUUGAAUCAUCGAACAGUGUUACAUCAUCACCAUCUAAUUCACAAAGAUUAUUACAGCUUUUACAAUCAACUGAACCAGGUAGAUUUAUACCUUUGUCAAAUCAAGAAAUUGGUGAUGGACAUGUAACAAUGAUUGGUUAUACAACACCUAUUGUACGUGUUGGUGAACCAAUACCAAUUGAACAAUAUUUACGUGAACAACGGCAAUUUCAUGAACAACAUCAACAACAACAACCAAUAUUACAACAAGGAGAAAUUUCCAGAAUUUUAGAACGUUUAAAUCAAAAAUUUUAUUCAAAUAAUAAUAAUAAUCCAGUAACUGAAUCAUCAUUAGCUAGUUCAGCACAAGAAUCUACUGAUAUUCCACUUCGAUUAUUAUUAACACCAAAUCCAUCAUUAAUGCAACAACAAUCACAUCAACGACAACAAUUUAUUGAUUCACAAGGAACAUUGUUUACAUUGAAUGAUUUAAAUCAAAUUGUACCAUCUUCAUCAUCACAUUCAUUUCAACAACAACAACAAUCAGUCUCAAGACAAGAUCAACAAGCUAUCAACAAUGCAAAAUUAUUAAAUAUACCGAAUAGUAAUUCAUUGAUGGUUGAUCAAAUUAAUUCUGAAUUUCAAAGUGGUAUACCGGAUUUUUUGCUUAGAGGAGCUGCUCAAUUGGAUACAAUUGUUCCACGUGAACAACAAGUCGCAACUUCGAGCGGAUCACAACAACAACAACAGUUAUCAUUACAAUUGCAACAACAUCCGGCUGAACAACAACAACAACAACAAUUUGUUCGACCAUUAGAUAAACCACGUCCAUUCGUUGUUAUGAAACCUGGUUUCCGUAAUAAUCAAAAAUUAUUACAUCAAAUUCAGAUUGAACAUCAACAAUUACAACAACAACAACCAUCAUCGCAAACUUUGCAACAACAACAUCAACCACAAACAGCUGCUGCAAUUUCAUCAUCAUCAUCAUCACCAGCAUCACAAUCAACAUCUGAAUUGGAAAAUCCAUUUUUGCGAUUUAAUCAAUUGAUUAGCGGACAACAUUUGUUACGUGCACCACACGCCAGUCAUAGUCAGAUUCAAGCUCAACAACAGCCUCAUGUUAAUACGAUAUCUGGUUCAACACCGGCAUUGUUUCAACAUUUUUCUGCUCAAUUACCCUUUGGACAGCCAGCUUUUCGUCCAAUUCAAGCGGUUAGUCGUUUAACAAAUGGUAUUCAUUCACCACAGCAGCAGCAACAACAACAACAACAUUUUGGUCAAGCACAUUCAUCUUUUAUACGAACACAGCCAACACAACAAGGACAUGUAUCAGGUUUAUCAUCACAAUUAACAACUGCUAAUGGUUUUAUUCCAUCACAUCAAUUACAACAUUCGGUAUCAAAAGAAUCGUCCGCAAUAUCACAACAACAACAACCAUCAAUAUCAUCACAAUUUUUUACAAAUAAUAAUAUUGUAUCACCACAAUCAAUUACUCAACCAUUUCAUAUUGCUAAAAAACAAACAGUACAAGUAGAAACAGUUGAAGGACCACCAUCAUCAAAUAUUGAUACAAAAGCUGAAUUACAGAAUCAAAUUAAACAUAUAUUAGCAUCAUCACCAAAUCUUUCAGAAGAUUCACGUGCUAGACAUCGUGAAGCUAUAUUUAAAGCAGUUCAUUCAUUAAUUGAACCAACAACAUCAUCAGAUUCAUCAUCAUCAUCAGCCAAUCAACAUAAUCAAAUUCAAUCAACCGAUUCGACAUCAUCGAAUCUAAUCGAUACGGCUAAUCGUUUUAACAGUUUUGAACCAUUUAAUCCAAAAUCAAUGUUAUUUAAUUUUCCAAAUUCACAACAAGCACAACGAUCUAAUUUGAUUAGUCGUCCAACACCAUCUACAUUGGCCUUAUCAUCAUUAUCAUCUGGACAGCAUCAACAACAAGCUAAUAUUGUUGGUAUUCGGCCAUCAACAACAACACCCGUUCAAAUGAAUCAAUUUCAAUUAUCACCACUUGUACAACAAUCGGGUAAAUUACCAUUCAAUUUACUUUCACGAUUUCCAUCAUUAUUGCCUGGAUUUCAAUCAUCAAAUCAUGGAUUACUUUCAUCACCAGCCGAUACUAGUAAACAACAACCACAAGAUCAAUCAUCAAAUGAUCAUCGAAUUCAGAAUCAAAUUCAAACAUUUUUGCAACAACAUGAUCCACAACGAUUACAAUUGACGCAAUCAACAUCAUCAUCAUUACAGCAACCGCAACAAUCUCAAGAAUUUACCAGUGGUUCAUUUAUGAUUAAUCAACCAAUGUUUGGUCAGCCACAAACUCAACCGCAAUCGAGUAACAAUGCUAAUCAACAAUUUCAACAAAAUAUGGCCAAAAUUCGUCUUGCACCAGGACUUAUGUUAAGUUCGGAUGAUUCAACUGGAUCUGGAUCAUCGGAUGGUCAACAACGUCAAGUUCAUACACAAGAAGGUGGUAUUGUUAUUACACGUGGUAAACCGAUUCUAAUGCCACCAGAAGCAAAUAGAAUUUCAGUAGUUAAUCAACCUGAUGAUGAUAAUAAUAAUAAUAAUAAUAAUGUACGAUUCCAUGCAAAUAGUUUACAAGCACAGGCUAGCCAACAACCGCAUCAUCAUCAUCAUCAUUACAAUCAACAUCAUCAUCAUCAUCAUAAUCAUCAUCCAAAUCAUAAUCGAUUACAAACAUUUCAAUCGGAAUCCAGUAUGAUAACACCGAAAACAAAUAGUCGUGAAUUUUCUGAAUGGUGGAAAGAACGUGCCGUAGCACCAUCCGAUAUUGCACCAAUGACAAUGUUAACUCAAUUACCAGCUUAAACAACAGAACAUUUUUGUGGUUAUAAUUCAUUAUCAUCAUCAUUAUACUGGACUAUAAUGAAAAAAAA